AUGAAAUCAUCAGUUUUUAGUUUGUUAACAAUCGCAGCAUCUGCUUUGGCUGCUCCAAUGCAACAUCAACACCACCACCACCACCAAGAAGAAAAGAGAGCCGCUGUCACCACCGUUGUCUAUGUUGACGGAAGUGGAAACACUGUCACCGGUCCUUCUUCUUCUGGUCAACCAGUUACCUCCGCCACUACCGAAGCUUCUUCUCAACAAACUGAAGAAUCCAGCCAAGGUGGUGAAACCUCAGCCUCAUCUUCACCAUCAUCUCAAGGUUCUUCCUCAUCAGCUUCAUCCUCAUCAGCUUCAUCAAGUGGUGAUUCCAGCGAAACUAGUUCAUCUGGUGGAGACUCAUCAAUCUCAGGUGACUUGAAAUCUUUCUCAGACCCAACCGUAAAAUUCGAAGAUGGUGUUCAUUCAUGUAGCUCAGUUCCAACUGGUCAAGGUGUUCUUAGUAUUGAUUGGCUUUCAGGAUUGAAUGGUGGAUGGACUUCUAUUAUGAAUGAAAACGGUGACACUUCUUCCAACUGUCAAGAUGGUUACUACUGUUCUUACGCUUGUCAAGCUGGUAUGUCAAAGACCCAAUGGCCAUCAGACCAACCAAGCAGUGGUAUCUCAGUCGGUGGAUUGUACUGUAAGAAUGGUAAAUUGUACAGAUCAAACCAAGAUCAAGACUAUUUGUGUGAAUGGGGUUCAAACAAUGCUCAAUUUGAAUCACAAAUCUCCAAGGAUGUUGCCAUCUGUAGAACCGAUUACCCAGGUUCUGAAAACAUGAACAUUCCAACCUUGUUGUCUGGAGGUGGAUCUGCUCCUGUCGCUGUUGUUGACUCUGACGAUUACUACAACUGGAAGGGUGGUAAGACUUCUACUCAAUACUAUGUCAACAACGCUGGUGUUUCUGUUGAAGAUGGUUGUAUCUGGGGUACUUCAGGAUCUGGUGUUGGUAACUGGGCCCCUGUUGUUCUCGGUGCUGGUACUACUAAUGGAAAGACUUAUUUGUCAUUGAUUCCAAACCCAAACAACUCAGACGCACCAAACUACAGUGUCAAGAUUGAAGGUGAUGACGUUAACGGAAGCUGUAAGUACGAAGACGGAACAUACACUGGUGGUUCCGGAUCUGAUGGUUGUACUGUCACCGUCAACUCUGGUAGUGCCAAGUUUGUCUUCUACUAA